AUGGAUGCGCUUGAGCAAGAAGUCUUACGUCUUCGAGCAGAGGGCGAUCGCCUGAACCAGGUAGCCACCAACUGGAAGAAAUGCGCUGUCGCCCUGGUCAACUCAAGAGGCAAGCAAGUCCUCAACAUUCACCACAUCUCGCAGUUUGGUCCUGGAAUCUUCCUCUGGUCAGUAUCGAGCUCUGAUCUUGAUUUGACUACUGCCGACCCGGCCUUCUUUAUGAGCCACGAGUACCAGUGGCAGGCAUACUCACAACAAGCAUUGAUGUAUCCAAGUUUGGAUAUGAUACCGCAUAUCAACAUUGAAGAUGCUUCAGAGGAGUUUCUUCUCAGAAAUUUUUACGAAAAUGUCAUUCCCACGCUGGACGUGACGGAGUCGACCAACCAAGGCUAUGCUAAACACAUUCUCCCACUCGCCUUUGAACAUCAAAUGGUUCGAAGUUCCUUGUUAGCAGCAUCAGCAAGUCACAUUCAAAUCACACAGGGUGCGAAAUUCAUGGUCGACAGACUCAACUAUCGGUCAGCCGCGAUUUCCGAGCUGAGGCAGAUUGCGGCAACACCAGAGACUGAUUCCUCAGCACCCCUGGCCACCAUCUUGGGGCUUAUGAUUGAUGACAUGAUAUGCGGUCACAGGGAAUGUCCCGCCCUCCUGAAGCUCGCCGAAUUCUGGGUGCGAAAAGAGUGCCCCUUUAGCGAUAAUGCGGCAGAAAAGGCAACUCGCCGCUUUUUACUGGAUCAAGUGCAGUUUUUGAAAGCAGUCGUUUGUCCUCUCUAUCAAUUCAACAAGCUUUUGACCAAGGGAGGCCAAGUUACGGAUGGCAAGCAAGGGUUGUCUCUUCGGCAAAAAGAUCUCUACGAGGUAUUCUCUGCCAUAGAAAGUGCUGUGGCACAAGCAUGCCACAUAUACAGUCUACCAACUGCCAGCAGCCCCCUUGAGAGCAGCGGCUCGGAGUCCGAAUCAUCUUCAGACGACAGCGACGCAUUGUUGGAUCGGCUUCAGGUUACAGUUCGCAAAAUCCCUCCGUAUGCGUUGGGAGAGAAUUCCUUGACGUGGGUGUACUAUGUUGCGGCUUCAAGGGCCAGGCGGAUAGACCACAGCGCCUUCUUCGUGGCGAGAUUUGCGGAGUUGUUACAGAGAAUCGGACACGAUAAGAUAAAUGAGCUAUUAGCAGGGCUAAUAUAA